UCCAAAUCUGAUUUAACUGAACAAAGUUAUGACCAUUUAAUGUGUCAGGGGUAUCUGCUUCUUUCGCCGUCGACCGAUUUUCGUCUUUCCGUCUUUUCUCCUAGCACUUCCACUUCCGUUUUUAUUAGCGCUCAAGUUUCCAUCCCUCCCACUUUCCGCUUCUUGAAUUUCGUUUUGCAACCUCCCUGAGGUAUACUCAUUUCCCCGUUCGACAAAAUGCAAAUUGGCAAAGUGGCUACUGGCAAAGUGGCACUUUUUGCAAAUUGGACCAAAUGUCCAUUUUACACUUUGGAUUUUUUUCUGUAAUUUUCUUUAAAUUUUCCUUAAAUUUUUAUUUUUUUUAAGAUUUAUUUAGACAAAAUUUCAAAGUAUCUUUAGAUUUUGCUUUUAUUUUAUCUUCUUAUUUGGUGCUAUACUACAAGAAAAUCAGGAAAGCGUGCAACAAUUAAUUAAUGGCUUCUCGAUUUCAGGUGAGUCGAAACUUGAAAAAUUCUAUUUUUUUAUAGCUUUGAUGCUCAAGAGAUUAACGUGAUUUUAAAUCCUUUUUUCUUUCUUUGUUUUAUCUUUCUUGUUUUUUUCCUUUUGGACACCCUUUUCGAACCUUUUUUGGACAAUUGGAAGAAAGCCUUUACCUUGGGGCAAGGGGAGGGGGACAAGGGGGAGGUGGCUUCUGUGGCUAAAGCCCCUCCCCUCGAAAUUGGGAAAAGGAAAAAAAUUUGAGUAGGGGAUUAAGCAAAAAAGCCCCCCUCCCCCUGAAAUCGACCCCCCUGGCUACGCUUUUACCUUGGGGUGAUUUUAUGGUAUCCUCAGUUAACAAAGAAGCUCCAAUAGCUAAUAUUGAGAACGAUGAUAAUUAUUUUCAACAGUCAAAAGAUGUUUGUAUUCGACCAACGACAACUAUUCCAACGAGAAACCCGGAAGUUCAGAUACGUGUGUUCAACGUUGAUUCUCAACAAAUUCCAGCAGAUGAAGAAGAUGAUCAGCCUUUUCUAUAUCAUGACGAAGAAGUGGAUAAUGGAGAUGUUGGACAGUUAGAAGGACGUGGAGAAUUGUCACAACAACCUCUAUUAAUUACUGAUACUAAUAACAGGCUGGCGACGAACAAUAAUAAAGUUGAUACUUCCCAUAAUAAUGGGGGUACUCCUUUAUUGCCUGAAAAUGUGCCUCUUUGUGUUAAACAACAUUGCGAUUUAAACUUAGCUUUAUAUCAGGAUGAAUACAGCGGAGCAAAACGACAGAAUAUCGGUCAGAUGUUGCGUUCCUUAUCCCUCUACAAUUCCAUUUUACCAACGUCUAAUGAGGACCCUGAAUCUACGAUUAAAGGGUCUUCAAAUGGAGCAAAUGGGAAUAAUAAUAAUGGGAAAAAUAGAAAUGGCAAACCACAGGCUGCUGCUAAAUUGGGGACAAUUAUGGGGGUUUACAUUCCUUGCCUUCAAAAUAUUUUUGGUGUUUUAUUUUUUAUUCGUCUCCCAUGGAUUGUUGGAACUGCCGGAGUACUUGAAGCUUUUUUAGUGGUGCUUCUUUGUUGCAGUGUGACCUUUCUCACUUCAAUUUCACUCUCUGCCAUAGCUACUAACGGUGUUGUUUCAGGUGGUGGUCCUUAUUAUAUGAUCUCAAGAAAUCUUGGACCAGAGCUUGGAGGUGCUGUUGGAAUUUUGUUUUACUUAGGCACAACAAUAGCUGCUUCAAUGUAUAUAAUUGGCGCUGUGGAAAUUUUUUUAAUUUACAUAAUGCCUCAGGCAAAAGUAUUUGAUGAUAUGUAUCACAAUUUUCGACUUUUUGGUUCUAUUUUAUUAAUUCUAGUUGGAUUAAUUGUGCUAGCUGGGGUUAAGAUUGUAAAUAAAUUUGCUUUACCUGCUGUUCUUGUUGUUAUUGCGUGUAUAGUUUGUACAUUUGUCGGUAUUUUUCUUAAAUUUGGAGGCACUGAUUCACUUAAGUAA